UUAUAAUUUCUAUUUAUCAUGAACAAUAUAAUUAAUAUAAUGUGAUUUCAUAUUUUUUUUACCCAAUAAUGAAUAUAAAUCAUUAUUUUACUUUAUAUAUAUCAUAUUUAUUUAUUAAAUAUGAUGCAGCCUAUACGGACGUAUAACUUACCACCUUUCUCAGAGCUGAGAAUCAUCACAAAUGAAAGCUUCAGUUCCAUUCCUCUAAAACCUUCCAUAACGUUGAUAAAUAAAAAUGAGAAUGAGAGCGCUGAGAUUUUUGGUAAAGAGUUAGUUCCGGGUGUCGAAGUACCCCUAAAUGAAGGUGAAAGAAUCGCAAUAUAUACGUGGAGUGGCUGCACUCUCCAAAUUAAAGGUUCAACAUUACAGGAAUAUGAAUCUUAUGAUAUAAAUAUAAUGAAGGAGUAUUUGAAUAUAAUAAAUUUACUGAAUAUUAAAAGACAGCUAUCAACGAUUAAUAAUACUUUUGGACCCAGGAUAUUGGUAACUGGUUCACCGUCUAGUGGAAAAUCUUCAUUUUGUACAAUUUUGUGUAAUUACGCAUUGAGGUUUUCGUGGAAACCUCUUUUUAUUGAUGCAGAUCCUAGGUCAAGUUGUGAUAAGAGUAGUAUUAAGUUAUAUCCUGGCACGGUCGGUUGUGUUUUAUAUGAUAAUAUGGACACUGCAGCUAACCCUUUAUUAUACUACUACGGCUACUCAUACUACCAAGACAACGAAUUCCUAUACUUACACUUGAUGAAGUUAUUGAAUGUGAAUGUUGAACUAAUGUUAUACAACAACGAUAACGUUAUUAAAUCCUCGGGAAUAGUAAUUAAUGCACCAUAUGAGUGCAACAAGGAUAUGAUUGUAAAACUGUGUAAAAUAUAUAAAGUGAGCGUGAUAGUGGUGAUAGACUCCCCCUCAAUACACCAGGAGCUGAUUAAACACUACAAGAAUGAAAGGAACAAUAUUGACAUAAACAUCGCAAACUUGGCAUAUAAUAAUAUAAUUAUAAACAAUGAAAAUGAUGGCAAACCCGAUAAGGCUCAAGAGGCCGGUAAACUUUCAGACACUAAUGAAAACGCUAAGAAUUCCGAUGACGAGAUGUUGAUCCUCUCAUCCUCCAAACUUGAAGGAGUUAUAUCGGUCGACUAUAAUAGGUUGAAAUAUAUAAAUAACAUGAACUGGAAUAAGUAUUUUGAAAUAAAUAACUUGGGGAGAAACCAUGUCAUUAAAGUCAACUCCGACACCAUCAACUUUAUAUACAUUGAUAUCAUAGAGCCUCUCACAAAAGACGCACUUCCAACCAAUGAGGACUAUGUAAUGAAGCACAAGGAAAUGUAUUGUAAUGUGUAUAACGAUGACUUGUUACUCCUUAAUAAUCUCAUAGUGGCGGUACCCGCAACCGACGAUAUUAAGCUUAUUCCGUAUACUAAUAUUUUAUCCUUCUUUCACAUCAGCUCAAUCGAGUCAAAUGCCACCGAAGAUAAUACUUUUACCAUAUCAUUCUGCUGUCAAACUAAUUACUCCCCGUCUUCUCUCCCAAAAUACUUACUCCUUCCAAGAGACUUUAAAACCCUGAAAUAUAACCCUUGAUAAUGUAUUAUAGUCCC